AUGUCAUCCUCUAAAAGAUCAUUAAAAGAAAUUCUGAAUUCUGAAUAUGUUGGAGAUAGUGAUGAAGACGAGUAUAAUUCACGUGUGGCUGAGGGUUUAGAGAUUGAAGAUGAGCUGGAAGAAGAAGUGGACCCAAGUUUAUGUAUUGAAUGUAAAGACAUGAAAUGUGAAAUUAUUUGUAAUGACUGUGAAGAACGUUUCUGCGUUGUCUGUUUUGAUAUGAUCCAUAGAGGUGGUAAGAGGAGAAAACAUGAAUAUAUUAAAAUUACCUCUGAUAAUGUUGAACAGUUAUCAAAUGAAGCUGAAGAAGAUGGAAAGGACAAAAAUACCAUUGAUAAACCUGAGACUGAGGUUGAACAACAAGCAAUUCAAGAUAGUAUAAAUGCUACUGAAUCAAACCAAACUUCAGAUGAUCAAAGCGAUAUUUCACUUUCAAAUAAAAGAGAAUCUGUUGAGGAUAAACUGUUAAAUAUAUUGUUGGAUAGUUCAUCAUUUAUUCCAAUGAGGCUGACAUAUGAUGAAAGACAUCUGCUAAGAUUAUUGGAAGCAGGUUUGCAGGUUUCUGAAUACACAGAUAGGGUUGAUGUACUAUCAUACACCUCUAAAACUAAAAGAAUUGUUGAACAAUUAAAAGAAAUGUGCUCUGUUUUAUCUGGUUUGGUGAUUGCUUCAAACAUUAAAGCUGGAAAGAAGCUAUUGGAAAUGAAAAACUUCUCAGAUAAUUCUUCUUGGUUUCAGAAUAUUUUUGAAAUAGGUAGAAGAUACAAAAUUAUGAACCCAGAAAGGAUGCGCGACACAUAUGGUAAAUUAUGUUACAUGGUAAUGGAUUCUAGGUUACCUCAAAUUGAAGAUCACAUGGAAUUCCAUUUAUUCAAACCAAUUAAAACUGUGAAGUCAUUUUUAACUGCCAUUACUGAAGAUAAUGGAAAGGCAAUGGGUAUAUUUAAAGAUAAACUAAUUAUACAUGCUAUAACACAUAUAUCACCUAUUGGAAAAUCUAGGGCAGAAAUCAAUCGUCUCAUAAGGUUAAAGGAAUCUGCUAUUGAGAAAUUAGCUUCCAAAUACAGCAGUAAAUAUUAUUCUAAGGACGAUAUUUUUCAGGCUUUAUAUUCCAUUGGUGACUAUAAUGCGUAUGUUGACAUGAAUAGAAGGCCAAUAAGAAGAAUGCUAGAAAGAUUAGAAGUCUUCCGCGAUACUGAUAUAGCACAAAAAUAUUCGAUUGGUAUACAAUAUGGUAGAGAUGGUGCUCGUUUAACUCAUGACCACCAGAGACAAUGGAAUUACGUUCAGCAAUCAUUAACUCUAUGGUCAGUGAUUCAAAGAGAAAUGGUCAAGUUAUGGUACAUAGCCGAUCAAGAUUUAUUUGAUGGCUCCCAAUAUAGACUGGCAUCUACCGGACACGGUUUAAACAGAAUUAAAUCAUGUCCAGGUAUUUACAAAGAAAUGCAUAAGAUCAUUAAUGAGUGUCGUUCGAAGUGUGAUACAUGGGUUGGCUCUUCAGUUGUACAUUUAGGUGACGAUGCUGUACCAAACGCCUUAUUUUUCUUAGAUAAAUACACACAAAUUCCAUCGAUUUUGAUUCCAUUUGACAAUACUCUUUUGAAAAUUAAUGAAUUAGUCUCCGAUGAUCCAUAUUUAGAGGACUAUAUCAUAAAAGAAUAUGGUUCAGUGAACGAUCUGAAAUUGACCAUUUUACAAGAUGCUUUUGCUCAUAUGUUUGAUGGCUCUGGUGCUGACAACUUCUAUAUGAGUGGUUCAUGUAUUGAUGGUAGAUUGACAUCUGCAUGGAAUCAUUGUAACGAAAUAUCCAAGAAGAAAUAUUACAACAUCUUCUUAUUAACGUCUUUCAGUGGUUUCAACGGUUCUGAAGGAUUCUAA